AUGGGCAAUAUGCGAUUCAAUGUCGUAAUAAGAAGACAGCUGGAGGAGCAUUACCGCAACAGAAACAACAGAAGUGUUUUGGUUGUGUUUGACUCAUGUGCUACUCACUUGUUCAUCUCCCAAGAAUGUGUGAGUAGGCUUGGACUAGUAGCCCGUGAUUUGGGGUGUGAACUGGCAGUCUCGACACUUGCAAUAGGGCAAGUAUCUACCAACUUGGUAUGUUCUGGUUGUACUAUUGAAGUGGCAGGACACAGGUUCAAAGUGAACCUCAUUUGCUUGUCAUUGGAGGGACUAGACGUAAUACUCGGGAUGGACUGGAUGUCGGACAAUCACAUUAUCAUUGAUUGUAGACGACGUAGCGUAGUAUUCCCUAAGACUGAUGGGUUGUCACUAAUCUCUACUCGUGAGGCGAUACAGGAGGCGACCGAUGGAGCUUCAUGCUAUGUGAUAAUGGUGCAGUCAGAGAAAAGGAGUACAAUUGAUUUGAUCCGAAGCAUACCGGUAGUGGAUAAAUAUACCGAUGUGUUUCCAGAUGAAGUGCCUCAGUUACCGCCCAGCAGGGAUGUAGGCUUCACUAUAGAUCUCGUCCUUGGAGCUAGGCCAGUGUCGAUGGCUCCAUAUAGAAUGGCACCGGUAGAGUUGGCCGAGCUGAAGAAGCAGAUUGAAGAUCUACUAGAAAAGAAGUUCAUUCGACCGAGUGCGUCACCAUGGGGAGCUCCAGUGCUACUAGUCAAGAAGAAGGAUGGGAGUUCUUGA